UUCAUCAACAUUUUAGUUCGCUAGCUUUGAGCUGCUGGUUUCUUUCGAAGUAAUGGAAAGGAACAUUCACUACUGCAACAGACUUUGCCACCUUCUGCUACUGCUGCUCCAUCUUUCUUUUGCUGCUUAUAAUUGUGAAGCAAGAAAAUCUAUGCAUGUACUUAGAGGACAAAUGCACCCAACAAGUUCAAUCAUCCAACACAUUAAAAAAUUUAAAGUAACAAAGCACUUUGAUAUAGCUUCAUUACUUCUGCAGAAAGAAACUAUGGAUCCAUCUAACGCUGACCCUUAUGUGAGUUCACCAUUUUCUUUGCCACCUUAUGAUUCCUUAUCCCCAAUUCCAUUGCCCGAAAAUGCCCCUCCUUUUUGCAUUUAUCCCCCAAAUACUCCUCUACCCCCUUCCACAACAUUUCCAACUCCACCAGGAUCAACACCUAAUUUGCCACCCCCAUCACCCUUCUCUUAUCUACCACCUACUCUUCCCAUCCCAAGCCCACCUCCAGGUCCAUCAGGUGUGGUACCUAGCCCGCCCGAAACCACACCUCUCCCAAAUCCACCCGAAAUAAUUCCUAGCCCACCCAGUCUCAUUCCAGGCCCACCAACAACUUAUGUACCUAGUCCAACAACUUAUGUUCCAAGUCCUCCCUAUUACGAGCCUAGUCCACCAAGUUACAUUCCCAGCCCACCAACUUUUGUUCCAUCUCCAACAGGGUACGUUCCUAGCCCUUUAAUUUUUCUACCACCUGUGGUGUAUCCACCACCAAUAGGGCCACCACCUCCAAGAACAGGCCCACCACAGGCCCUAUGGUGUGUAGCGAAGCCAUCGGUGCCGGACCCAAUCAUUCAAGAAGCUAUGAACUAUGCUUGUGCAUCUGGUGCAGAUUGCGACUCGAUUCAGCCCAGUAAAUCAUGCUUUGAGCCCAAUACGUUGUUUGCACAUGCUUCCUAUGCCUUCAAUAGCUACUGGCAAAGGACAAAGGUGGCUGGUGGCACUUGUUCCUUUGGAGGAACUGCCAUGCUUGUUACUGUGGAUCCAAGUUAUGAUGGUUGCCAUUUUGUAUACUCGUGAUAAGAUGAAGAAAAUAUUCAGUCUUUUGGAGAAGCCAAGAGGAAAUAGUAUAGAAGGUAGAUCUCCUUUUCCUUCCAUAAAUUAAUAAGAGAUAGUGAAGCAUAAAAUUUUUGCAAGUAAAUAUUCAUAGACGAUUAUGUAAUUAGGUGGGUUGGAGAUGAAAAAUGGAAUCCCCUCUUUUCUUUUGUAGGAGGACGACUCACCCUUUCCCUCUCUCUGUCUCAAAAAAAUUGUAAGCAACAUUUCUUGGAUCAUAAAGGAGAUAUUAGCAAAGUUUUUG